GGUGUGUCGAAGAGCUGUCGACUUACGUCAACACCUUCGAAGAAGAAAAAGAUCAUUUCUGUCGUUAGAAGUCGACCAUAAAUAAUCAUCAAAAACCGUCAGUAGCUGUCUUUACAGGCUGCGGUUGCAAAGGUAGGUUUAUAGAGCGAUUGUUACUUUUACGACUGAAAGAAACACUUCUAAUGUUUUGUUGCAUGAGCACGAACUGCAAUGUGCUAGCCUAGCAUGUAUUAGCUAAUCGGACCACCUGCUAAUAAAGUCAGCUAACAGCGAUGAAGCUCAAAGCUAAUAUUGUUCAGUUCUGAACAGAGUAACGCCGUUAACCUUACAAACACAUAAGUGUGUCUUUUUCUCACAGUGUAACCUAAAGUUCAUGGAGCUUUAUGACCAGCGACAGUGUAAUACUGAAUGAAGAAAAAACAGAGCUCCACUGAGAAGUUUGAUACUUAAUUAACUUUUUGGUAUGAUGCUAAUGCAAAACUAAGGUGGAUAUAAACUUAACACCGUUUCUGUAGUUCUGCUGUAAAUAAUUGAGAACUAAAAAUCAAAUUAAAAACCAUCCUGUGUUUUGCCUCUGCUUUCAGCCACGCUGACCUUGAAAUUAAAGCUUUUUAUUCUCCCUCCUUUGUUUAUGUCAAUUUAACAAACCUGUCUGAUCCCUUAAGGUCCUAUUCAGAAGAUGUCAGCUGAUACCAAGAUUGCAGAGCUGCUCACAGAGCUCCAUCAGCUCAUCAAACAGACCCAGGUAGGUUCAUUGUUAUUGUUCAUGUUCAUGUUACAUUACAAGUUAAUACGAAUCGACUAAAAUGAAUAUCUGUCUGUUUCCCAAGGAGGAGAGGUCCCGUAGUGAACACAACCUACUCAACAUACAGAAAACUCACGAGAGGAUGCAGACAGAAAACAAAAGUUAGUCUAAUCAUUGUGAACUUUCGAAAAAUAGCAAUCAGAUCUGUAAGACACGUGAUUUAUUUCUUGCCAGCCAAUUUAUUUUGUUCCUCUUUCUUCCUCAGCUUCCCCGUAUUAUCGCACCAAGCUCAGAGGUCUGUACACCACCGCCAAAGCUGAUGCUGAAGCAGAGUGCAGGUUAAGAUUUACACUCACUUUCUUUUAAAGUAGGUAUUAACUAAAUGAUAUGAACCUGGUUGGAAUAAGACAAAGACAAAUGCCCAAUGAUGUAAAACAGUCAUCAGACAAUGAGCAAAGGCUAUUUGACAUUUUCAAUUUGUGGUUCAUAAAGCUGAAGAUUUUUUAUUUUUUUUUACUUUGAUAGCUAGAAUGAAUUAAAAACCAGCUAUACCUUGUUUUUAGAUACUUUUAACUCAAUUAUAUGUAGCGAUAUAAGAAUGGUAGGAUGUUGCGAAAUUUUCAGAUUUUUCAACAGUUAUGAAAGGGCCACAAAGGCGAAGGGCCACACAUCACAUCAAAUGUCUUGCCUUGAAAUUUCAAAUGACAUUCAAGCUUUCUUUUUUUUUUUUCAAGAGUUUUGGCUUUGCUUCUAAAUCUGCUCUUUCACUUUUUUUUCACUUUCACAGUAUCCUGCGUCAUGCUCUUGAUAAAAUAGCAGAGAUCAAGUCUUUGUUAGAGGAAAGGCGAAUAGGUAUGUGUGAUGAAGAGAGAUAUUAUGCAGAUAGACUGAGACUUCUGUUUAAUCAGAUAUUAAUAUUGUGCUUGCUUGCGUGUUGGUUUGUAUUUGCAGCUGCUAAGAUGGCUGGAGUUUACAGCGACAGUGACCCUCCCAGGAAGACGAUGAGACGUGGCGUCUUGAUGACGCUUCUACAGCAGUCGGCCAUGACGCUCCCUUUGUGGAUUGGCAAACCCGGGGAGAGGUAACUACGGAGGAGCUUUCUAUCUCAUUAGUUUUGAGCCAUCUCCUUCUGUCUUAGGCCCAGUGACCCACCCCAACAAGAAAUGAUCUCAAGCCACUGUACCAUUCUAGCAUUUCAGUUAAAUUUGCUAGCAAGGGUCUGACUUUUUUUGGAGCAGGCUUUAAGUGUCAACUUUUGGAAGAGUUUUUUUUUGGGGUUGUAAUAAUCCCAGUCCACAGAAAAGCUGCACAGACAGAUGGACCUUGUUAUUGUGUAACUGACAAAUAAUGCUGCUCUGCAAACAACUGCUGAUGUUCCCAUAUGAUGCAGAUAUAGGGUAACCAUAUUCUGAAUCCCCAAAAAGAGAACUCUACUAUGAAGGGCACAGUUGAGGGCGUGAGUGCAAAAUUUCGAGGGUUCUUUGGGUAGGGUCAAGUGUUUUUUACGCUCUUCUAACUCAGUGAAAUGCAUAUUCUGAAUUACCAAAAAGACACUUAACCAGGCCUGUUGGAAAUACUAAAAAUGCUCACACAAAGUUGCAUUUAUAACCAAUAUAUUCAUUUAUCUAUAGCAUUUCUUCUUAACAAAACUAUCAGUCACAUACAAAUAUUUUCCCUUUUCUUUCGCUCACUGGCAGACAGUGCAUGCGUGCGUCGCGUCAGUGGCUUCGCUUAGAACAGAGUGGAGGGGCAGAGCAGCAGAGAGCACUGAUGCGCUGCACUGUUUUGAUAAUGAAUGAAUACACUGUUACGCCCCACCUGAAGGCGGCCCUAUGGGGCGAACAACUAUCCUCAACUUUUUACCCAUCAAAUUAACCAAAACACCUUCAAAAGUUUAACACGUGAUUUAUUGUGAAAAAAACAACCAAAUUGCAAACUGAACACAAAGCACCACAGCACAAAUGAGAGGCAGCAGGGCAGCAGUUCCCCACCAAAUGCCUCUCCAGACUGCAGGCAGCUCUGGGCUUUUAGACUCCCAGCACCAGGUGAGUCUGAUUGGCACCAAGUGAUUUCACCUGGGCAGCUAUGGAGAGACAAAAGGGGAAAAACACAUGCAAAACAAACACACAGCCGUAACAACACAUUCUGGGCUUUGGCGUCUCAGAAUUUGUGUUUCCAAAUGAACACAAACUCAAAACUAUGGAAGCCCAAAACCUUGGAGGUUUCUGAAGGAUUUUAUAAACUCCCCCCGGACAGGCCGGACAGCCCCCCAAAAGAGGACAUGUCUGGGUAAAAGAGGAUGUAUGGUCACCCUAGCAGAUAGAAACUGUCCCAUGAUUUAUCUCCCUGUGUUGUUUUCUGGUCCAGCCCACCUCCUCUGUGCGGUGCGACACCGGCCACCAGCGACUAUGUGGCCAAACAGGGCGACAAGGUGGCAGCGAGGGUGAAGGCGGUGGAUGGAGACGAGCAGUGGAUCCUGGCUGAGGUGGUCAGCUACAACCACUCCACCAAUAAGUGAGAAAAGCACAAGUCAAAAUAAUUCACAUACUAGGGUGGAAAAUCACAGCUCAGCUGACUUUUCUUUUCCUCCUCCUCCUCAGGUAUGAAGUUGAUGAUAUUGAUGAAGAGGGCAAAGAGUGAGUUCAUAUUUAUCGUCUCUACUGUUUGUCAUGAAGCUUGUUUUUAGCCUUCCAUCUGCAUUUUCUCUAUUAGGGUUAUUUUACAGCUGUGUUUUUAACCUUCUUGGUCUUGGCACCACAUCAGCUGUCUCUUUUAGCUUGUUACUACAAAUUGUUUCCUUAGUUUCAUUAAUUUCAGAUCUGGAUGAUUAUUGGGGGUAAAAAAGCAACAGUAAAAGAAAAUUGUGUUUUCUGAAUUGUAAAAUUAAAAAAUUCUCAAUUACAAGCAGAUUGUGUUUUUGGAGCAGGUUGCACAGCCAAAACUUUGGGGACAGUAAGUUUCAUUCAUGUCAAAAAUGUCCCUAAAGAACUUAAUGAGUGUUGAGCAUUCUCAAAGCCAUGUGUAACAAUAUUUGUCAUAAGAAAUUGGAAAACUUGUUGGAAUUUGUAUGAAAGAUUAAAAAGCCCAACUCCAACCAAAAAUCUGUCCCCUGAAAUAAACGGUAAAUGUUUUUGCCCCUGGGAUGUAAUACUCUAUUUUUAACCAAGUGGACAUCCUUCUAAAACAGUUUUUAAGGGAGGAUCUCACAGCGCUCUCCAGCCUCCAAAUCUGACAGUCCAUAUAAACUUCAUGUGUGUAAAAAGUGUUUUUGUGUUGUGUGGGCAUGAUCAGGAGACACACACUGAGCAGGCGACGGAUCAUCCCUCUGCCCCAGUGGAAGGCCAACCCAGAGACGGACCCUGAAGCCCUAUUCAGCAAGGACCAGCUGGUGCUGGCCCUCUACCCCCAGACCACCUGCUUCUACCGGGCACUCAUCCACACACCCCCACACAGGGUGAGACUCAGAAAAGUACCAUUUAAAUUUAUUAAUACUCAGUGGAAUAAGCUAAUUGUUAAAGCUCAGUAAAACCUGACAGACACCGAGCACAUCUGCAACAAUGGAAUGUUUUUCCAAGUGAAGUCUUGCUCAGUGCUCCUUUUUUAGGAUGAAUAGAAAUCGAAAGACUAGUCAGAGGAAACUGAUUUGCUCAUUAAGUCUCACUUAGUCACAGAUAACUCUGGCCAGAUUGUUCUUAUACAGCAGCAGCCACCAAACUGAAUUCAUUGUGUGUUUUGUUUGCAGCCACAGGACGAUUACUCAGUUCUGUUUGAGGACACGUCGUACGCUGAUGGCUACUCACCUCCGCUUAAUGUGGCUCAGCGGUACGUGGUCGCCUGCAAAGAGAACAAGAAAAAAUGACCAGUGACUGGAUACUUUUGGUUACUGUAAGAUGUUAAAAUAAGACUCUGAUUUUAUAUCAAACUACAGAUACUGAAUCUAAAUUAAGUCUCCCAGCAGCGCAGGAUGUUUGCGUCAAAAGCAUUUGGUGCAGAUCUGAGAACUUCUGUUAAAAUCCCCACCAAGACCAGCAGAGGGCAUACAAAGACCGACUGACCUGAAUGUCUGAUGAAGAAAAAUAUCAUCUGAGUUCCAAAGUCACUCUACAUUUUACUUCAAAGUCAACUCUGAUGAAAAGGGGCAUAAUUUGAUGCUCAGACAUGUUCAAGGGGUCUGUGAGGACACUAAACAAAACCCACAUUUCUGAGUUCUUCCUAUGAGAGGUAGGUGACCAUGGAAGCCUAGGAAUGACAUAAAAAACAAAACUGUGAUAAAACACAAAGAUAAAUAUGUUGAAAUUUGUAGAAAAAAACUUUUCUGAAUAAAAUUGUAUAGAAAAUGCUUUGUAUUUAACGUUUUUGAAUCCUAUAUUUUUUUUUUUUCUAUAAAUCUGUGAUAUGUCUUUUAGAUUUAGUUGUCAGUCCUUUGAGUUGAGGUAAGUCUCCACUCCUCACUUUCUCCAGUACAAUUACGCUGAAGAGUAAAUGUAUAUUUUAAAAUGAAUAAAUCAUUAAUAUUGUUAAAUAGAAAUAACUGAACACAUUUAAGUUGGAAUGAAUGAAAUAAUAAAAACUAAUCUAAAUUUUUCAA